AUGGACCACUCCGAUGAUUCUGACUUUUAUGGGGACGAGGAGACCGUUAUGGACCUCCACCGUCGUGUACAAGAUUUCGAUGUUCAAGGCUGGAUGCUCCAGCAGCAGCAAAGCCCUGGAAGACCAAUUCCUCGCAAACACAUCCAUGCAGACACACCACAUCUCCACAAUCCUUAUGCCGGGGUGCAUUAUGCGUGGCAGCUCACCGAGACUGUAGACGAAUUUCUCACACGCAUGCCACCAAGGACAACAGACAUCACAGAGGACACACCCUGGAUCUUCAUAUGCAACCCGUAUAUCGCCCGUGUGGAGAAAUCCUUGGCACAGAAUCAGCACAGCAAGGGCAAUGAAGAUGAAGCCCCCGAGGAAGAAGGCAGCAAAACCGAGCUUGUCGUGGAAGGCGGCCUUGAGAGAUUGGAAAUUCUGUCCAAAUUCCUCGAGGGCGUUCGAAAAAGCAGAAAAGUCCCUGCAGCGCAAGAACGAGAGAUGAACGCAGAGAGAAAAAAAGCUUCUGACGAUAUACUGCACUUGGCACAUGUUGCCAAAGUCAGAGCUGGCAAGUGGAUGCUAUUCUGCCCGCCAGCAGAGGUCAAUGAUGUGUGGGAUAUCAUCGCAAAGGCAACAGCCAACAACGAGCUUGGCAUCGCAGCAAAGGUUGCUCCUCGACCAGCCGACGACGAUUUUCGCAAAGAUCGGCUCGUCUGCGUGUACACAGCCGACUUCGCAGACAAGGCCGACGUGGGCAGGGUCCUUCAGAAGCUGCGAGAGCUCAGAUUGGUAGAGAUUCGCGGAAGACCGAUUUACUAUAAGCCAGAUGCAUAUACGUACAUUGGGAUAUCUUUCGGAAAUCCAUGGGGUCUGAAAGCGUCGAUCUAUAACUCAUCUGACAUCUUCCAAACCUGA